AUGGUCGACCUCAUCCUCCCGCGAAGGUCGCGCGCACCCAGCAGCCCCAAGAAAUCGUCGUCCUCCUCGCACAAGACAGAAGUACCGGCCGCUCCUCGACAGCGGCUGCAGGGUCCAUCCGAUGGCAACAUUGUGGGAAAGGUCUCCCGGUCGAUCAAGGGUGCCAAUGACCUGCUGCUGUACUGGAAGGAUGGCUUGAGCGCCGACGAGAGAGCGUUGCUGCGCAAGAAGGAAGAACGCAAACAGGUCCUGACGUUGCGAAUGAAGAGUGCUGAAACGUUGAAACACUGGCAAAAUGCGGCCGAGGAACUCGACCUUCUCGAGGGCAACGACGAGUGGAAACGCGACUUUUCCGACGGCGACUACAACCCGUGCCUCAUCGAGGAACGGCUGACGGCGCUCGAAGACGCCCGCGCCAACGGCGACCUGCUCACCAUGAUGCACCUCAUCCGCACCGAGCUCUCGCGCGACCUCGGCGGCAUGGGCAACGUCGACCUCUACCGCCACUCGUACCUCGGCACCAAGACGCUGAUUGAGCGCUACGUCGACUCGGCCCUGCAGACCAUUGACGCCGUCGUCAUCCACAGCGCCGUCAACAACGACAUGGAGCCCCGCGACCUGCUCGAGGGCGUGCUGCUCGCGCGCCAGAGCUUCGGCCGCAGCGCGCUGCUGCUCUCGGGUGGCGGCACCUUUGGCAUGUCCCACAUUGGCGUCCUCAAGACGCUCUUCGAGGCGCACUUGCUGCCGCGCAUCAUCUCGGGCGCCAGCGCCGGCAGUAUCGUCUGCGCCGUCAUGUGCACCCGCACCGACGAGGAGAUUCCCGCGCUCAUCCGUGACUUUCCCCACGGCGACCUGGCCGUCUUCGGCAACGAAGAGAGCGACUUUGGCACGCUCAAUCACGUCCGCCGGCUGCUCACCGAGGGAAGCUGGUCGGAUAUCAAACAUCUCAAGAGGGUCAUGCGUACCAUGAUGGGUGAUAUUACCUUUCAAGAGGCUUAUAAUCGCACACGCCGCAUUCUCAACAUUUGUGUCUCGACAGAAUCCGUGUACGAGCUGCCGCGACUACUCAACUACGUCACAGCCCCCAACGUCAUGAUUUGGUCGGCCGUGACGGCGUCUUGCUCGCUUCCCUUUGUCUUUCACUCAUCACCGCUUCUCGUCAAGGACCCCGUCACCGGCGAGCAUCACCGCUGGAAUCCUUCGCCACAGCAUUUCAUCGACGGCUCUGUUGACAACGACCUCCCCAUGACUCGGCUGGCCGAAAUGUUCAACGUCAACCACUUCAUCGUGUCUCAAGUCAACCCCCACGUCGUUCCUUUCCUGCCCAAAGACGACCAUUUAUCCCCCGAGGCCAAGCUGCGCAAGGCGAAGCAGCCGCUCCCCGACGAAUCCGACUGGCUCAACAUGUUUACGACGCUGGCCAGGGAUGAGGCCCUGCAUCGUCUGCAGUUCAUGGCCGAGAUGGGCAUCUUUCCCAACCUAAUGACCAAGUGCCAGAGCAUCCUCAGCCAAAAAUACUUUGGUGACAUUACCAUCCUGCCAGAGAUUGGCCUGGCCGAGCUGCCCGGUCUGCUGAGCAACCCGAGCGCCGCCUUUAUGCUGCGCUCAAGUAUCGCGGGCGAGAGGGCGACAUGGCCCAAGCUCAGCCGGAUACGAGACCGCUGCGCGAUAGAACUCGCGCUCGACAAUGCCGUCCAUCGUCUCCGCACCAGAGUUGUCUUCUCCGAGAGCCAAGGCGACCUGCGGAAGCUCGGCGCUGGCAUCCCCCACCCAUCCGCCGGCAUUACCCCCAACGCCGUGGGCAUCGAAACCCCGUCGGGCGCUGUGCAGCAGCAGCAUCGACGCCGCUCUGGUGGGUGCCUUCGCAGCUUGGGCGACCGUUCACACACAUUUGAGGUGGCGGCGGACGUCACCGACGAUGACACGGUCGAGGAAGAACGCCUGGAAAUGCGCUCGCGUCGCAGCCGCGGCAGCUCUCCCAUUGCGGCGCGUAAGCCGCGUCUGCACCGAGCCAGCAAGAGCCAAAUGCACAUCCCCCGACCGAGCACCGCCUUUUCCACAACCACCGCGGCCCCAACCGCCGCCACGAGCAAUCCCUUUGCCGAGUUUGACUUUUCCAAGCCCCUCACGCUGCCUAGCGCAGCACAGCCGUCCAAGACGGAUGCUGCUGUUCCGACGCCGUACGCGAGCACAUCCGAGGACGAGGCGUCGUCUCCUCCGCGCAGUGCCUGGCAGCAGCAGCAGCAGCCGAUUGAGGAUGUGGAAACGAGCGAGCAGGGCCACUCGAGCGAUGCCGACAUUGACCAGGCCAGCGAGGAGAGCGACCCAGACCCGUACGACAGCAAGUGGGAGUCGCCGCCGCCCGAGUACAGCGAGGCCGUCAAGGCCGAAGACGACAGCAGUAUGUUUGGUCCCGGCGGGCGCAUCGGAAAUGGAGCGUGGGAGUGA